UCUUAAGCCCUAUCGACGGUCUAUUCUGUGCGAGAAACGAUCUAGAAGACUGCUGAUCACUUCUAGAGAGUGAGCUCGGCCAGACAUCCAGGAUGGAUGCGACAGAACACUUCGAAGAUGCUGCAGCGUGGCUAUCAAGUACGCCAGCAGCAGCCAACCUUUCCAACGAUAGCAAGCUGGAGAUCUACGGCUUGUACAAGGUCGCGACUGUUGGGCCAGAACCUGACUGUCCUGCACCAUCAUUUUUCUCGCUACCGGCCACAAAGGCGAAAUGGAAUGCCUGGAAGGCCCAGGGCGAGAAGUACGGCGAAGAUGCCCAAGGUGCAAAGGAGAAAUAUAUCGAGAUCUCGGAAGAGAUCGGGUAUCAGGUUGGCAAGACGAGCAAGGGUGGAGUGGGAGGGGUGGUAGUCAGCUCCAUGAGCAGAACCGACAUGGAUUCGGAAGAAGAAUUACAUGAGCCUGUACACGCUAGGGCGAUGGAUGGAGACAUACAGGCACUGACAGACAUCCUGAAAUCGGACGGAGACCUGAUCAAUAGUCAAGACGAAUUUGGUAUGAGCCCUUUGCAUUAUGCAGCGGACCGUGGCCACGUGGACACAGUACGGAUGUUGCUGGACAAGGGGGCGGACAGGAGUCUACAAGAUAGCGAAGGGCUUACGCCUUUUCAGCUGGCCGAACCUAUGCAGAACGAAAGAGUCUUAAAUCUCCUUCGACCUUGAGACAGCCAUAUAGAUUUCUGGUUCUAAAUGUUUCGUUCUUGACUACUACUAUGACUACUACUAUAAUCAUUAAUCAUGGAUAUUGUUACAUCCACGAGCCGGUAUCUCGGGAUGAAUAUUCCGGCUUUGACAUUUCAGCAUUAACCCUGGAU